CUUGAAGUGGUACCAUUUACCAGUUACCUAAAACCAAAAUCCCAAAUCCAAUAUAAAAUUGGCGCUUCCCUCUUCCUUGAAAUUGAUUCAUCACAGUUAUCACUGACGCCGUUACCUUUCUGCUCCAUCUUCUCGCCAUGUUAAACUCAGUUUAAUGGACCAAGCAGCUUCCUCCAUCAUUCUGUUUUCUUCAUUGAUACAAAUACAGCAAAUUCCAACUUCGAGGAUUUUAUGGAGAUACUUGUAUCACAGUGUCCACCAAAAUUAAAUAUAAAAGAAUAGUAACUUAGUAACUAAUACUUGGUAAAGGAAGCACAAAAAGCAAUUUCCUUUUUCUCGUCAUAAUAGUAAGCUGAAUAGCCGAAUAAUGCUAUGAUAGAUUUUUGAAGAAGAGCCUUGGCAUGAUAUCUAAGUAUUCAUCAUGGCACAAGCAGAACCUGUCACUUCUAGUGUAGAACCAGUUCAGAUUAACGGCAGACCAAAGAGACCCAAGAUCCUUCUUGCUGCUAGCGGAAGUGUUGCUGCAAUUAAAUUUGGGAACCUCUGUCGUUGUUUUUGUGAAUGGGCUGAAGUAAAAGCAGUGGCCUCUAAAUCUGCUAUGCACUUUAUCGACCGUAGGACAAUUCCAGAUGAUGUGGUUCUGUACACAGAUGAUGACGAAUGGUCUAGUUGGAGCAGAAUAGGUGACACUGUUUUGCACAUUGAGUUGCGCAGGUGGGCGGACAUUAUGGUUAUUGCCCCUCUUUCAGCUAAUACUCUUGGCAAGAUUGCUGGAGGAUUAUGCGACAAUCUGCUUACGUGCAUCGUACGAGCAUGGGAUUACAGCAAGCCCUUAUUUGUUGCCCCGGCUAUGAACACCUUCAUGUGGAAAAAUCCAUUCACAGAGAAGCAUCUUGUGUCAAUCGAUGAGCUCGGGAUCACUUUGAUACCUCCAGUUACAAAAAGGCUGGCCUGUGGAGAUUACGGAAAUGGAGCAAUGGCUGAACCGUCUCUCAUUUAUAAGACUAUACGACUGUUCUUGGAAGCGCACCCUCUGCCUACUAGCUACAACGCGUAGUACUUCAGAUGGUGUAUCCUUUAACAUUCUGGUGUUAUCGGGUUUUUAUAGUUCUCUUGUAUACUUCGGCUGGUUUUUAUGAACUUCGUUACCAUAGAACCGAUUAUUGUUCAAACAUUUAGAGACGGAGAGGGUACAUUGCUGUGUUCUGAAUCAUUACGUGGACUUGUGGAACCACGUCUAGUAUAGAUGAUACAAACAAAAGGAAAGUGACAAUUAUUUAGUUCUAAUUUUUAAUUAUUUUGCAUGAUAAUUGAAGUUCUUAAUUAGAUAUUCUAUCAUCAUGGCCCACCAAAAAAAAAAAUGUUAAAUCAAUCAUUUUCAUCAUAGUUCAUGUGAACAAGUUGAGUUAUU